AUGCCCACGCCGCCCGCCCGCCCGCAUGACUCAUCGUCCAGGCUCCCUUCCUACUUCCCCUCCUCCUCCUCUUCGUCAGCCACCCUCCCUCACCCCUCCGUCACCCGCCCGAGCCCGCCGCGCGCUCCUCCAGCCCAGCCCCGACCCAGCCCCGACCCAAAGCCUACAAAGUGGACGAACAGCGCGGCCUCCUCCGCGACGUGGGCAGGUGGGUCCGCGGCGAGGGAGGUGGGGACAGGAGUCGGUGAACGCGCGCGCGGGCCGUCGCUCUCGUCGGGCGUGACCUGCGACCUGCGAGGUCGCCAGAUCGCACACCUGCGCGUCGGCCGGCGAACGCACGCACACACGCGCUCACGCGCCGGGCAGGGUGCGCCGAGGAUGAGGACGACUUCGGGGGCGCGUGCGGAGCCUGCGGUUGAAUCAUCAUCGCGAAAGAGUGAGCGUAGGACGCCAAAUGCGCUGGAGCGAGGCGGGCGUGCGCGCAGGAGCGCGCACGCGUUAUGGUCACUGUCCGUCAGGCGGACGUCGAGCUGCCGCAAGCAGGGCAUCGGCACCCGCUCCGGCGCGUCUUUGCCCGUGCCGCGCGUCGGGCACCAGGUCCUCUGGAGGGCCCACGACCACGGGGAUGCUGUCCAUUUUUACGUCUCGCGCGCCUCAGCCGACGUCGAUAUCCGAACGCGUCGACGCGCCGGCUGGUGGAUGAAGGAUGGUGUUGUGCGCGCAUGCGUGGACGAUCCCCAGCACCAGCACCAGCGCCCCGAGUCGAGCCCGAGCGAUAGGUACAUAGAGGGCGCCCUGCUCCACGAUGCUCCGGCGCGCACUCGUGGCGCUUGCGCUCGGGCGCGCGGCGAACUCGACAAGGGCGGAAGCACCAGCUCCCUGCUCCCUCAAAGCCAGUCUCACCGAAUACGGGUAUGCGGAGCCCACGUCGGGAGAGCCGCUGUUUUUUUGGGGACCACUCUCGCGCUUCACAGGACGCGGGGACGCAACUCAUUUUUUAUUUUAUUUUGA